GACUGUUUUCGAGCUGUCUUGUCUACGGACGAAGGGCACGAAUGUGGUUGUAUAUUUGUUGAAAGUGCCCCAGGUUAACCAAUUUAUGACCACGAUUCUAGUCAGGUUUCUAGAGGUAAAGGUCGACGGGCUGCUCGGUGUGUUUCUACUGUGUGUCUAUGGCAGCAGGUCAUUUUUUACGGCUGGGAUUAUCUGAGGAAGUGGUGAAACGAGUGAGACGUUCAGGUCUGUGAAGGAAAACACGACUCAACCGACCGACCUUUUACACCUCUAACAGCUUAUUUCCCAUGGUUGAGUCCUGAGCUGGCAGGAUGGCAUCUGUGGCUGCAGUCUCCACACCCUCUGUCUUAGGGAAUACCCCUGCCCAGAAGGACUACUAUGUACUUCGCACCCUCACAGCUGGAGGUGUAGCAGCAUGUUGUGCCAAAAGUUCUAUUGCUCCUUUGGACAGAGUGAAGAUUCUGCUUCAAGCCCAGAACCCCCACUACAAACAUCUAGGAGUGUUUUCCACUCUGACAGCAAUACCAAAGAAAGAAGGCUUCUUGGGCCUGUACAAGGGUAAUGGAGCCAUGAUGGUCAGGAUAUUUCCAUAUGGAGCUAUUCAGUUCAUGGCCUUCGACGCUUACAGUGAGCUGCUGAGAAAAAAUCUUGGGAUUUCUGGACACAUCCACCGUCUCAUGGCAGGAUCAAUGGCAGGGAUGACUGCGGUAAUAUGCACCUAUCCUUUGGAUAUGGUCCGAGCCAGGCUCGCCUUCCAGGUAAAAGGAGAACAUCGCUACACUGGGAUUGCCAAUGCCUUCCAGACCAUCUACCUUAAGGAAGGGGGCAUGUUAGGCUUCUAUAGGGGACUGACUCCAACUCUUAUUGGAAUGGCUCCUUAUGCAGGUCUCUCCUUCUUCACAUUCGGCACCCUGAAGAGUUUGGGCUUAAAACAUUUCCCAGAGAUGCUGGGCCGUCCCUCUUCAGACAACCCUGAUGUCCUCGUCCUGAAAACUUAUGUCAACCUGCUCUGUGGAGGGUUCGCCGGUGUCAUUGCUCAGACAAUAUCAUACCCUUUGGAUGUGGCGAGAAGAAGAAUGCAGUUAGGAGGAGUGCUUCCAGACUCUGAGAAAUGUGUAAAUCUGACCAAGACCCUGCAGUACGUGUACACAAAGUAUGGUAUCAAGAAAGGAUUGUACCGAGGCCUUUCUCUGAACUACAUCCGCUGUGUCCCCUCCCAGGCCAUGGCUUUUACCACCUAUGAGUUUAUGAAGCAGGUCCUCUACCUCAACUAGCCAUAGAUUUUGUACCGUCCACCAAGUCUCCACCUGGGCCUGUACUCCUGAAUGCUUCCUUACUGAAUGACCUGAGGCUCACUCACUACGUCUUAAACCUUUUAAUGUAGAAGCUGCUUUUUUUCCCGAGUCAGACUUCAGUUAGAGUCGAGAUUGAGAGAGGAUAGUCAGACGCUCUGCACUCUGUCCGAUGUCCCUCUCAUUCCCUCUUAUUUCCAGCUUUUGUGACUUUGUCUGGAGGUGUUCUACUCUUUCUCUGAUGUGGAUCAGCAGGUAGCCACACUUUUGGUCUGAUGUGGCUUGAUGGCUUUGUGCAGCUUUUGGUGGCAAUGUUGCCACAACACUUUCGUCACAGAGCAAACUCAGAUUCUCACACACUUUGUUUUUUCACUGUAUCUUCAUUUAAUUAUUCUUUAUACACAUCAGGUAGAAAUGAUCUAAAAAUCAACAAUUUUCAUUUUUACUUAAAAGCAGGGAACUUGAUAAUCCAUGAAGCACAUAGUUCUACAUGCACCAUAUUUUUUUCUUCAUUUUUAGCAUACAGAUUUGACAGACUGGUUUGUAGGUUGGUGGUGUUGGUGUUAACAUGUAUCUGAAAUGUUAAAAAUACUCUGAUCGCCAAUGUUUUUCCUUGUCAGGGUUUGGUGUGUUUCUAAAGGCAAAGUAUGUAACAUUUCUAGCUGUGUUUGUGAAUAGACUUGGCAGCUCCUCUUGACUCGGCACAUGAAGGAGUUAGAGCAGAAUGUUGAGGGUUAGCAGGGUAGCAAAACAAAAAGAUAUGAAAUAGAUAAAUAAAACAUUAUUUCCUGAUCAUACUUAUAUCCUUAAAACACAAAGGCACAAAUACUUUUCCAAAAUGCUUUGUCAUUUGUUCUGGUUAUCACUGACAAGUCUGUUAGAGUCCACAGACUCGAAGCGUUGUAUGUGUUUCCUAUACCCAGAGUUUUGUCCGUCAGACAGAACAGACCAAAGGGGGCCCUGUAGAUAAAUCCACCACCACACAAUGACAGAGGGUCAGAAGUCAUGACUAAGAAACAUUAUUGUGUGUGUAUAGUGUUAUAUAGUAUAUAUAGUGUUUUUUAAGGAAAAUAUUACAUACUUUGCCUUUAAAUUGUUGGAUUAUAAUCCAUUAUCUUUUGAAAAGGCUGUUUGUGCAUAUUUGCUCCCCAAUCAGUACACACAUUUUCCUUUCUGCUUUCAUACAGUAGGUUUUCUAAAUGUACAGAUGUGGGACGUGACUUAAUCAUAAUGGCCUCCCAUUUUAUUGCCAAACCUUGAAUGAAUCAGUUACUGUAUGCAUUUUCAUUUUGCAUAAAAAAAAAAAAUUGUUGUGCGCUCAGAUGUAAAGUUUAUAGCAUUGUUAAUACUAAAUUAUGUUAAUCCAUGCUGAGCUGAGACUGAGGACAAUUUUAGGGUUUUUGUGUGAUUACACAGUCAUCUACUGUCCUGAGAAACUUGGGAUGUACGUAGGUUUCUCGCAUCUGAAGGGACAUACCUGAUGGUGGUGAUUCAGGGCAGCUUUGCACUUUGACUGUAGCUUCUUCUUCUUGUAUUUAUUGAUUUAACUAUUGUAUGCCACUAGGUGGCAGCAUUGAAUACAAAUAACAUUGUUUACCAUGAGCUGGACACAAAAUUCAUCAAAUUUUAAAGUAAACUCACAUCAUAGGAUUUUUCUCAUUUGUUUAAACAAAGCAGGUAGCAGGCAUUGAGCACAAUACAUGCAGUAUUUUUAACCCUCUUUAGCCCAAAUCUUCGAUCACUCACUGGAGCCAUUAUAGAUGUUUGCAUUUAUUGGAUGUUAUUAUUUAUUGGACGAAUGGAGAGGGGAGAUUGCGCUGGGAUUCCUCUGAGCCUCAAGUGCACCACAGGGCUUCAGGUCACUGCCAAUGUUAGCCAUAUCUGUUUCUCCUGUCGUCAGCUUCAUGCCUUCAUCUACAUAUGGUGUCUUAUGAGCACAGUGCUUAAAUGUUUUAUUUAACCUCACAUUUUAGUUCAUGCCUAAGCUUUUAGAUCUCGGUGUAGGAGGGAAAGGAAACUACAGAGGGCAGAUGCCUUAUUAUGUUGAAAUAUAACAUUUUACACAGACUACUGAAUGAUUAAAAGGAACAGAGGAAAUGGAGACAAUAAAAAUGCUUUAUGCAGCGUCUUACCUGGAUAGUUACCACUCAUCACACAGUGCAGAAAAACAAACUUUCAGAAACUUUUCCGAAAGUUGACCAGAGGAUAAAACUUCACUAGAGUACUAAAAUACUAGUCCAGGUUUCUGAGCAUUAAUAUAAUAAUAAAGGGACGUGAAAGACAGGUUUAUGUGUUCCAUGAAAAUGCUGCAUCCUGAAUAUGAUGUCACUAGGGUACGAUUUUGCAUCAAGCACCAUGUCAAACAAAAUAACAGGUUUUAUCCAACUCAGUUCACAUGAUCUCUCCUAAUAGCACCCUUGUGAAUUGUCUUACAAAGUACAAGUACAAAAGAGUUGUUUAUGUAAAGCUGAUUGUAGCUGUGUUAUGAUAAAGGUAUCAGAGCUGGAUGGGAACGUCCACCCUGCCUGCCUCUACAGUGUGGUCACAGUGGUUGGAAGUGGCAGCUGCCAUAGUUCUCUGCAACAUUUCCUGAUGGUACAUGAAUAGACCAGCUCUGUUUCUGCUGCAACUUAUUCGUUUUAAGUCAUGGGGAUUUAGUUGUUUAUAUGCAAUGUUGUAUCCUGUGAUUCUAUAGAUGUAACUAAUUACAAAGUAAAUAUUUGAGAGUGACCGAACAAUGUAAAUGCCUUUUUUUUUUUUUUUCAAAUGUUUGUUAGGUUUUUUUUUCUCUUUAUACAUGCUCAGUUUUGCUUGUCAUGCUUUGUGUAAGCAUCGUCUGGAUACAUUAAAUGAUUAAUUCUUGUCUAUGCUG